AUGGCUACCCUCGAUGAAGUUUUAACUCUAGAACGAAUCAGGAAUCACCUUCUGGGAGAAUUCACUCAGAGGGGAUGCAAUCUUGUUAAUGAGCUGAGCAAUAGCUGCAGCGCUAACAGCUCAGGAACAGAAGUUUCAAGCUCGCAAUCAGAGUCUUAUUACAGCUCUCCACUCACUAAUAUCUCUGAUCACUUCAUCUAUGGAAAUAUCGACGAUAUUUCCUUUGAUUUUCCUACUGAUUACUUCGAUUUUGAGGGGAAUUUGCUAGAACUGGAGCCGAUUUCAUCGGUUUCCAGCUUCAGUUCACUAAGUUUUGAGCAAAUUGACGGUGAUAUUGAUAUUCUUCGUCCGGAAUCACAAUCCUCAAUUUCGAGCUCUCCGUGUAUGAGUUUCGAGCACAGUGAUACCAAAUUUGAAGCGACUAAUUGCAACCAGAUUAUUGACCUUACUUCACCGGAAACACGAAAUUCAAAUUUUCAAGCUAGUUUUGAAGCACGAAAUUCAAAUUUUCAAGCUAGUCUUGAAGCACGAGAUUCAAAUUUUCAAGCUAGUUUUGAAGCACGAGAUUCAAAAUUUCAAGCUAGUUUGUGUAAAGAGAGAAAGCCGUCGAUGAGUAUAGACGUACCUGCGAAGAAGAAAUUCGAAUGGAUCGUGUUCGGAAGCUCGAGUCCGGUGCGCGAGAAGAGCGAGAGGAGGCACUACAGAGGCGUCAGACGGCGGCCGUGGGGGAAGUUCGCGGCGGAGAUCCGAGAUCCAAAGCGGCGCGGGAGUAGAAUUUGGCUCGGCACGUUCGACACCGCAAUCGACGCUGCGAAAGCCUACGAUCGGGCGGCGUUCAGACUGCGAGGACGGAAAGCGAUCCUGAACUUUCCUUCCGAAGCCGCGAAGCACAAGCUUCAGAUGGCGACGCAGGCCGCCAUGGACGGUGGGAUAAUGAAGCAACGGCGAGAGGCGGAGGUGGUGAAGAACGAGAAGCCGUGAGCGGCGGUUAAAUUAACGCCGUGAAGCUGGAACGGCAUCUGGGAACAGAAUGUUAACGAAUUGGUUAACCUCCCUCCCUAA